GGUGUUAGUUUCUGAAAACCGGCUCAAAAGAACGAUUCGUUCGAACAUCACUAUUCCGUAGAUCUACUCCACUGUCUGAACUAGGUAAACUUCAGUUAACCAUUAUUGGUGAAAUAGAGUGUUUGGCGUCCGUCUGCUGUGGUCUUUCCAGAAGUUUGAACUUGAAGAGGAGGAGAGGGUAGUAACGUCAUUAUCAAAGUUUGUGCGAGUCCUAACGUUAGCCGUCUUUGAGUCCUGUUAAUUUGAAGGACCGAUAUUUAUUUACCGACUGCGAUCUGCACGAGAACAACCCACCAUUCGGGAACUUUGUAUCUAACACAAGGCCAGCUGCAAGUCUCAGAAUGAACUUUCUCUUGGAGACUCUUCGGUUGAUAGUGUUAACCAUAUACUAUCACAUUGAAGCCUUCAUAAAAGUCAUCGUUCCUCAGAGAAAGAAAGAUGUGUCUGGGGAGAUUGUGCUCAUUACUGGGGCAGGUAGUGGUAUUGGCAGGCUGAUGGCCCUCGAGUUUGCCCUACUGGACGUCUCACUGGUGCUUUGGGACAUUAAUGUGGAUGGUUUGAAGGAAACUGCAAAGCAGGUUAAAGAAAAAGGAGCAUCGAGGGUACAUUACUACCAGUGCGACUGCAGUGAUAGAGAAGUGGUCUACCGAGUGGCAGAUCAGGUAAAAAGUGAAAUUGGCGAUGUCUCCAUACUUAUAAACAAUGCUGGCAUUGUCAGUGGUAAGAGGUUCAUGGACACUCCCGACGCACUUGUUGAGAAGACACUCAGAGUUAAUGCAAUGUCUCACUUUUGGACAUAUAAAGCAUUUCUGCCUGCCAUGACAGAUAAGAACCAUGGACAUCUGGUCAGCGUUGCUAGUUCUGCAGGCUUGAUAGGUGUCAAUGGACUGGCAGAUUAUUGUGCAAGCAAGUUUGCUGCUGUGGGUUUUGCAGAGUCUGUGGCGCUUGAGAUGAUAGCUGCGGGAAAGGAAGGAAUCAAAACCACAAUUGUUUGCCCAUACUUCAUCAACACAGGCAUGUUUGCCGGUUGUGGGACAAAGUGGCCUCGACUGAUGCCCAUAUUGGAGCCAGACUAUGUUGCUAAGAGGAUUGUCAAUGCAAUUCUAAAAGACCAAGUUUAUGUUUUGCUUCCAAGGUCCUUAUACUUUUUAAUGGCUUUAAAAGGUUGCAUCCCAUUCAAGCAAUCAGUCAUCCUGGGUAUGUACUUUGGGGCCUUCAACUUCAUGGAUGCUUUCAAAGGACGGGAAAAGAAGAGGGACUAAAUGUUAUAGAAUGGAGUUCUCUAAUUUUGAUACUUAAUAUCAUUUUUUCAUGAUUAGUAGAUACCUCUGCCAAACAGUUAUUACAUGGCCUCUUAUAAAAUAAAUCAUAAUAAAAUGGAUUAUGAAUUUCAUACUGUUUUGACUUUUUAGCUUAAAAAAAAAAAACUUUUUUUAACCCAUUGUUAGGCAUAGUAAUGAUUUGAUGUCUUACUUCAAAACCAUGAUAUAUAAGUGUGAUAAUACCAGUAACGACAAUGUCAGAUGCACUUGUGCUAUAUCGCUACACAUGAAUAACCAUGUUUAUUGUAAUACAUUUACUUUUUAUUGCAUUCAAUCCUGAUUUGCCAGUAAUUGUUCACUGAUCCUACAACCUGAUGUACGUUUUCUAUAACCUGUCAAAAAGAACAGUAUACUGAUGUAAUCUAAUAAAAAUAAAAAAAAUAAUAAAAAUAAAAAUUGUGCUGGAAAUACAUUACUUAGAGUUUGGAAGAAUAAUUUUUAAUGGCUAGAAUGACAUGAAAUGUGAGUCAGGUCCGCUCCAUGGACAAUGCAAUUAUUAAGAAUACAACACAGAUGAAAAUAUACAUUAAUAUAGCUAUGAAAGAUUGAAAUAAAAGUAAACAAUAAAAAUAUAAGAAUAAAAUAUAAAAAAGAUGUAUAUUGUAGAAUUAAAUAUAGAACGCAUCAUAAUGUGCAUGAAAGUAAACUGUAGUCUUAAAUAUUAAGAUACCCAGGGAUGUACAAGAGGCAAUGUGCAUAUGUGCAUUAUACUGUAGUCUUAA